AUUCAUUACAUUACAGAUAAUCACAUUCAGUCGCAACGCAAAGCUACUGUCGGUCUAGCUUUCUCGGUGGUCAAUAUCAAACAACACUCCUGUUUCAAUGAAGAAGGACGGAGCUCUGCCUCCCCUCGCCACCGCCAAGAUCUUCCUCUGCUUCGAGACCAAGUCCUUCCUAGCCACAUUGUUGGGCCUCACUCUCGUCGUCGUGGUGUGGAAUCUCCAGCCCUACCACGACAACAUCCUCUCCACCACCGGCUGCGCGGCUGCGUCUCCGCCGAUAAGAUCCUCCCCUCUAUUGGAUCCCAACAAGCGCACAUUCGAAGCUUACGGCAGCGCGGCGGCUCUCUUCGUCCAAAUGGGCGCGUACCGCGGUGGCCCGGCCACGUUCGCGGUGGUUGGGCUGGCGUCGAAGCCCACGCACGUGUUCGGCAAGCCCUGGUACAAAUGCGAGUGGGUACCCAACAACGGCAACGCCUCAAUUCGAGCCAAGGCGUAUAAAAUGCUUCCUGAUUGGGGCUACGGUCGAGCCUACACGGUCGUCGUCGUCAAUUGCACAUUCGCGCAAAACCCAAACGCCGACAACAGCGGCGGCAAGCUCAUGAUCUACGCCUACUACGGCGAGUCCCCGCGGCGGUACGAGAAGUUCACCGCGCUGGAGGAGGCGGCGGGAGGCUACGACGAGUCGGAUUACAAACCGCCGUAUAAGUACGAUUACCUGUACUGCGGUUCGUCGUUGUACGGGAACCUGAACGCGAGCAGAAUGCGGGAGUGGAUGGCGUACCACGCGUGGUUCUUCGGAGCGAAAUCGCAUUUCGUGUUACACGACGCCGGCGGGGUGUCGGCGGCGGUGAAGGCGGUGCUGGAGCCUUGGAUUAGGGCGGGGAGGGUGACGCUGCAGGAUAUUAGGGCCCAGGCGGAGUACGACGGUUACUACUACAACCAGUUUUUGGUAGUGAACGAUUGCCUCCACCGCCACCGCUACGCCGCCAACUGGACUUUCUAUUUCGAUGUUGACGAGUAUAUUCAUCUCCCCGACGGCACCGCUCUGGAGUCGGUGUUGAAGGAUUUCUCCAAUAACACACAGUUCACCAUUGAGCAGAAUGCAAUGUCCAGUUCACUCUGCUUAAACGAUCCAUCUCGAGACUAUUCAAGGGAAUGGGGGUUCGAGAAGCUUCAAUUCAGAGACUCGAGAAGCAGAAUAAGGCGAGAUCGGAAAUACGCGAUUCAAGCUAAAAACGCCUACGCCACCGGCGUCCACAUGUCGGAGAAUGUGGCCGGCGGGACUCUCCACAAAACAGAGAGCAGAAUCCGGUACUACCACUACCACAACACCAUCACCGUCCACGAGGAGCUCUGCCGCAACCUCCUCCAGGCCUCCGCCGCCAAUGCCACCACCUGGCUCGACAAGAUCCCUUAUGUAUACGACGAUAGCAUGAAAAACUUAGCCCCCACAAUCAAGGAGUUCGAGCGGAACACCAUCGGCCGACCACGACCACGAUACUAAUUACUAAUCCACUAGUAAAUUCUUUUUUUAAAACUAUUUAAAACUAUUCUUUAUCCUCCAUUCCAACUCCAAAAGUUUAUGAUUGCACCGACGACACAAUCAUCCAAUCUGUCAAACGGUGAAAUUCUAAGCGACGCGUGGCACUAUAGCAUCUUAGGUCAAAUUGUACUGCAUUUAGGUUUACAACAAUUAUUAAGUUUUUAUAUCUAUAUAAAUAUUUCUUGUGUGGUA